AUGUCGACGACGCCCGAGGUCCCUACGCGUCGCCCGACGUACCCCCUCGCCCAUGCCUUUCGUCGCAAGCCCCGCCGUAUCCCGCUUGUGCUGCGCUUCUCCAAGGGCGCGGUGCACGAUAUCAUUCUCUUGCCCGUGAUCCUGCACUCGCUCUUUACCGUCCUCAUCGUGUACAUCGACACCCGCUAUGUCGACUCGAUCAGCAUUCCGUCGACCAUCAUCCCGUCGCUCUCCAUCGUCGUGGGUCUGAUGCUCGUGUUCCGCAACAGCACGAGCUACGACCGCUUCUGGACGGGACGAAACUGUCUGACGACCAUCAACACGGCCGUACGCAACCUCGCACGAAUCUCCCUCGUCAACUCGCGCGACAAGGACGGCUACGCGACCGAAGAGCAGCGUCGAGACACCGAACGCAUCGUCCGCGUCCUCAUCGCCGUCUUGUACUCGAUCAAACACAACCUCCGCGCCGAAUUCAACAUCCCCCCCGCAAGCCUCGCCGCCCUCCCUCCCCACCCAACCUCCCUCGAAAACGGCGAUGGCGUCGUACACACCAAGAAGGACGAAUACGUCUCGCUGCUCCCCGACGGCCUCAUGGGCUACGAAGACCAGGGCCUGGGUCUCCCCCUCCAACUCACCAUCCUAAUCGAAGGCUACAUCCGGCGCGGCGCCGACCGCGGCUGGUUCAACGCGCCCCUGUCCUCUCAAAUGAGCGUGCAGAUCAACUCGCUCGUCGAUGCCUACGGCCGCAUGGAAACCAUCCGCUCCACCCCGAUCCCCGUCGCCCAUCUCAUCCACCAAAAGCAAGUCCUCGCCCUCUACGCGUGCGUCCUACCCUUUGCCAUUGUCGACGACUACAAGUGGUGGAGCGUCCUCGUCGUCGCUAUCGUCACCUUUACCCUCUAUGGCAUCGAGGGCAUUGGCGUCCAGCUCGAGGACCCCUUUGGCUAUGAUAAGAAUGAUAUCAAGAUGGAUGGCAUUAUUGAGGAUACCAGACAGGAGAUUAUGGUCCUGUUGGAUGAGUGGAAGGCGAGUCAUGAGGGCAGGGCUAUGGGUGGCAUGUUUGAGAAUGAUGCGUAUUACUAG